GCGCCCUCUUUUAUUCUGGGCAAUAUGGCGUCGGGGGAAAAUUCCCAGAAGCAAAAUGUCAUGCGAGACCUCCGUAUCCGUAAGCUGUGCUUAAACAUCUGUGUUGGUGAAAGUGGUGAUCGUCUGACAAGAGCUGCAAAGGUUCUUGAACAGCUGACUGGGCAGCAGCCAGUUUAUUCUAAAGCCCGCUACACUGUGCGUUCAUUUGGCAUUCGUCGUAAUGAGAAGAUUGCUGUACACUGCACUGUGCGAGGUGCCAAAGCUGAAGAAAUCCUAGAGAAGGGUUUGAAG